UCCCAGGCGCGGUCCCGCCCCGCGCCGCCCGGCCUCCGCCCCCGGCCCGCGUUCCCUCGGCAACGCGGCGGGCCGCGGGGAGCCGCCGCCAUGGACGCGCCGUCGGGCGCUGGGCCUCGCCGGGCUCGCGGCGGCUUGGGCGCUGCCGGGCCGACGGCCUCGGGCCCCGCGGCGGGUGAGCCGGCGGCGGCCUGGGCGCGCUUCUCCGCCUGGCUGGAGUGCGUGUGCGUGGUCACCUUCGACCUGGAGCUCGGCCAGGCGCUGGAGCUGGUGUACCCGAGCGGCUUCCGGCUCACAGACAAGGAGAAAAGCAGUAUCUGCUACCUGUCCUUUCCUGACUCGCACUCAGGCUGCCUUGGGGACACGCAGUUCAGCUUCCGCAUGCGCCAGUGUGGAGGGCAGAGGAGCCCCUGGCAUGCCGAGGACCGGCAGUACAACAGCAGGGCCCCCGUGGCGCUGCAGAGGGAGCCUGCACACUACUUUGGCUACGUGUACUUCAGGCAGGUGAAGGACAGCUCCAUGAAGAGGGGCUACUUCCAGAAGUCUUUGGUGCUGGUGUCCCGUCUGCCCUUUGUCCGGCUGUUCCAGGCACUGCUGAGCCUGAUCGCCCCCGAGUACUUUGACAAGCUGGCGCCCUGCCUGGAAGCAGUUUGCAGUGAGAUUGACCAGUGGCCGGCCCCUGUGCCUGGGCAGACCCUGAACCUGCCCGUCAUGGGAGUUGUCAUCCAGGUGCGCAUCCCGUCCAGGGUGGACAAGCCCGAGUCCAGUCCUCCACAGCAUCGCGACCAGGAGAACCUGCUGCCAGCCCCCGUGGUCCUCACCAGCCUCCACGAGCUGGACCUGUUCAGGUGCUUCCGGCCUGUGCUGGCCCACGUGCAGACCUUGUGGGAGCUCAUGCUCCUCGGGGAGCCCCUGGUGGUCUUGGCCCCCUCGCCCGACGUGUCCUCGGAGAUGGUGCUGGCCCUGACCAGCUGCCUGCAGCCCCUCAAGUUCUGCUGCGACUUCCGCCCGUACUUCACCAUCCACGACGCCGAGUUCAAGGAGUUCACGACCCGCGCCCAGGCCCCACCAAAUGUGGUCCUGGGAGUCACAAACCCUUUCUUUAUCAAAACACUCCAGCACUGGCCCCACAUCCUCCGGGUCGGGGAGCCCAGGAUGUCAGGGGACCUUCCUAAGCAGGUCAAGCUGAAAAAGCCCUCACGGUUGAAGACCCUCGACACCAAGCCAGGCCUCUACACCUGCUACACAGCCCACCUCCACCGGGACAAGGCGCUGCUCAAACGGCUACUCAAGGGCGUGCAGAGGAAGCGGCCUUCGGAUGCGCAGAGCGCCCUGCUGCGGCGGCACCUGCUGGAGCUCACGCAGAGCUUCAUCAUCCCCCUGGAGCACUACAUGGCCAGCCUCAUGCCCCUGCAGAAGAGCAUCUCGCCCUGGAAGACCCCCCCGCAGAUCCGCCCCUUCAGCCAGGACGACUUCCUGCGCAGCCUGGAGCACGCAGGGCCCCAGCUCACCUGCAUCCUCAAAGGAGACUGGCUGGGCCUCUACAGGAGGUUUUUCAAGUCCCCGCAUUUUGACGGCUGGUACCGGCAGCGGCACAGGGAGAUGGCCCAGAAGCUGGAGGCGCUGCACCUGGAGGCCAUUUGUGAGGCGAACAUCGAGAGCUGGAUGAAGGACAAGUCUGAGGUGGAGGUCGUGGACCUGGUCCUGAAACUGCGGGAGAAGCUGGUGCGGGCGCAGGCCCACCAGCUGCCCGUCAAGGAGGCGACGCUGCAGCGGGCACAGCUGUACAUCGAGACGGUCAUCCACUCCCUGCCCAAGGACCUGCAGGCCGUCCUGUGCCCGCCCUAGGACGGGGCCAGGGUGCCGAGGUCUGGCCGGGCCUCCCACUCCCCGGCGGCAGCGGUGGCCCCCGGCCAAGCAUGAGCCCCCAGGCCUUGGCCCCCCGCCCAGGCUCGGGGCUCCCCUCCCCGCAGCGCCAUUGUCCCAGCAGUAAACGUGACAUUUGGAACCGCA